UUUUUAGCCACACACACUUUUUCAACACGUGUUGAUACCGAUUUCAGCUCGAUGCUAAUAAUAAUGUUUGGAUUUAACUCGUCUUUGAAAAGAAUAACAUCAGAUAAGCCAGCUGGAAGAUAAAAGCCAGACAUGGUCACAGUGCAAAAGAUGUCAAUGAAUACUUGACCUUCUUGGGGAGAAGUUUCAUAACCUAUUGUAUACCAAUCCAACAGGAAACGCUAAGCCUCUCUGCUCAAUUCAUGUGCUAUAAGAGGAAGUGUUAUGUAUAAUGAGCACGUCAGUCAUGAUAAACUCUGCCGACAUUGAAAGUCUGAUCAAACGUUUUAAUGGUUGCGCAAUGCUACAAAAGUUACCAGCGCAUGUCCAAUUACAUCCGUGGGAAUGGCAAAACUCUAGCUGGGAGCGGAUACACGUAGAUUUCGCGGGCCCGUUUCUAGACCGAAUGUUCUUAGUCAUGGUUGAUGCUCACUCUAAGUGGCCUGAGGUAAUUGAAAUGAAUACAACGAACACAGAAAGAACAAUUCAAGUCAUGCGAACCGUAUUUGCAAGAUAUGGGUUACCGAAACAAAUUGUUUCUGACAAUGGAAGUACGUUUACAUCUGAAAGCUUCCAACUGUUCAUGAAAAGAAACGGAAUUCUCCAUAUAAGGACUGCGGUCGCUAAGCCAUCCACAAAUGGUCUUGUGGAGCGCUUCAAUGCUUCUUUCAAAUCAAGCAUUUGCGCAAUGAACAGCGAAACGGAUGACCUUAACCAGAAACUGAAUUGCUUUUUGCAUACAUAUCGUAACACGCCGCAUUCUACAACCGGCGAAACACCAGCAAAAUUGUUCUUAGGUCGUGAUUUGCGAAGUAGGUUAGAUUUGCUUAAACCUGAUACUAAGCAGCACGUGAAUGACCGACAAAUGAAAAUGUCAGUUCCGGAUAAAAAUAAAUUUCGCGAACUAGAUUUAGGUCAGAGUGUCCUUGCCCGAGAUUUUAGGCCUAACUCUAAGGAAAAAUGGAUAAAGGGCACUAUUGUUUCACGCGACGGACCACUUAUGUACAAAGUGGACAUCGGUAAUACAGUGUGGAGAAGGCACAUUGAUCAGCUUCGCGCUACGGACGUGCAAAACGCUUCAAAUGAAAAUGACACAAUCCCAUUAUCGUGCGAACCGCUAUCUGUUACCGAUACUCCGUAUCAUAGCUAUUUAAUGUCAUACCACCCGGUACUAAUUGAGAACAAAGAUAAAAAUGAUAAUGAUUCUCAAAAUGAUCCUCUGGUUUCAAAUGAACAAUUAACUAUGCAGCGUCGGUAUCCAUCGAGAGACAGGCGACAGACAGCCUGAACGACUGUCUUAUCAGUAGUAAUUUGUAACUAAUCAGAUUAAUUGCUGCAGUACUUUUCCUCGGACAUUUGGGUACUUGUGAAUGCUAAUGAGCUGUGAGGAAUUUAUAUCAUUGUGUAGUAACGAUAUAUAAUUAUGGACAAUUAAUGCGUAAUUUCACAGUAAUUAGAUAAGAACACUG